AUUUAUUCCAUAUGAGUAUAAUAUUCAUAUGAGUGUAAUCCUUUAAAAUGUUUUCCAACAACUUUAGAUCUUUAUGUCCUUAUUCAAUAUCGAGUAAAAGCGUUAUGUUAAAAAUCCCACUCAGAACAAAAAAAACACAUUGGUCAGUUUUAAAAAAGAAAAUUCAUCCUAAAGAUAAAGCUCUGGAACAUUUUGACGACUUUUAUGGUUCAGUUUAUGGUAAACGUUGGAAGUCUAUGCGCUUAGCUUUAUUAUCACCUCAUAAAUAUAUGGCUGUUGUAAAUAACUUUGGUAAUGCUGAUAUAACUGCUCAAAAUCUAGAGUGGAUGGGAGCAAUAAAUAUUAAGAAUAUUAUUGAAAUGGAGAAUAAAAAGAUUGAAAAUCAAAGUAAAAUAAUUAAAAGAAAAUCUAAAAAUAUAAAUGAAUUGGAGAAGAAACUGGAAAAAUUGUUAUUAAGUAAUGAUAUUAAAAAGAGUCCUUCAACUGAAAUACAAAAGUCUUAUGUGGAAAAAGCUUCUCUCCAAGAUAGUUUAGCAGAAGCUGAAUGUGAUGAAAGCAGAAUUAUAGAUCCAGAAAAUCAUACCAACCUUGGUGGACUACAUCAAUUUGUACCUGCUACUGAAGUUCACGGAAAGACUGAUUGGAUACCUGAGUCACAACAUUAUCAAUAUUAUAAAGAAGACUCAGAUUUUCCUAUAAUUUUAAUCGAAGAAGAUAAACGAUUAAUUAUUCCUCAAUAUUUACAAGUCUAUACUUUUGAUCGUGGUGACAUUUCACCAUUUCCACAUCCUAAAACUGGUAUAACAAAAGUCAGCAAUUACUAUUUAUUAGAUGGUGGUUCUAUUUUACCAGUAUUAGCUUUAGAUUUACAACCAAAUGAUAAAGUUUUAGAUAUGUGUUCUGCUCCUGGUGGAAAAGCUCUAGUUAUGCUACAGACUUUAUUUCCUGAAAACCUACUUUGCAAUGAUGUUCAGGAAUCAAGACUGAAUAAAUUGCACAAGGUAAUGUCUGAAUACAUUUAUGAUUAUAAAAGUUGGGGUACUAGGCUGAUGUUUUCUCAAUUAAACGCUACAGAAUUUGAUGAACCAGAAAUAUAUAAUAAAAUUCUAGUAGAUGUGCCAUGUACAAAUGAUCGUCAUAAUUUACAAGUGAAUGAAAAUAAUAUAUUUAAGCCUACUAGAGCAAAAGAACGGCUUCAAUUACCAGAACUUCAAGCAUCAAUUUUAAGUAACGCCUUGAAAAAUGUAGCUGUAGGAGGCACUGUAGUUUAUUCUACUUGUUCAUUAUCUCCAAUACAAAAUGAUGGUGUUGUAAAGAUGGCUUUAAAACAAAUAUGGGAAGAUACUAAUCAUCAAAUUAUUGUCAAAGAUUUAAAAAAUUAUUUUAAACCGCUCAAUUCGUUGUAUUCAUUUGAAAAAGAAUUGAAGUUGGGUCAAAUGGUUGUGCCAUUUUUACCUCUUAACUAUGGGCCUUUAUAUUGUUGUAAACUAGUCAGAAUUAGAUAAUAAUAAAACUUUAUCAAUAUUAUUCUAACAGAUGUAGCUUUUUGUAUAAUAAAAUGAAAUAAUUUAAAAAUAA